UUAUUUCAAGACCAGAUUUCGAGUUCAGUGUAGAAUAAUCUCCGAGGCCUUCGGUUGCGUGUGAAAUGACUACGGGACCGUAUAUCGUUGUGUUAUUCGACUUGUUUCACUGCGUUCGACGACGCGUGUGCUAGAUAUCAAAGCGAAAACGGUGGCGGUGCCGAGCGCGGAAUCCUUUUCUGUCUCCCAAAUCGAUCGAACAACAUCGGACCGAGGCCGUACGACGUAAUACGCUUGAGGGUACGAAACGGUAUUGUUACGAGUCCGCUGCUCGUCAACGAUCGACCACCGGCCGUACGCGAACACGAUGCCACCCGAAAGCUGCGAGUGCAAGUGGUUCGACUCGUCGUUCCUGUCCGGGUCGUGCGGCAGCACCGGCAGCCUGGCGUUCUUCAUGUCGCUGGUCGACCUGGUGAUCCGGUCGCAGUGCUCGGUCGCGGACCCGUGCCGCCGGCGCACCACCGCCACCCGGUUCCCGGCCGGUUUGGAGUACCCGGAAGAGCUGGACUUCGUGGUGGUGGGCGGCGGCGUGGCCGGUUCCGUGGUCGCGGCCCGGCUGAGCGAGGUGCCCGGUUGGACGGUGGGCCUGCUGGAGGCCGGUCCCGAGGAACCGACCGCCACGUCGGUGCCGGCGUUCGCAUCUGCGGCGAUGGGUACCGAGCUGGACUGGCGGUACCUGACCGAGCCGCAGGAGAACGCAUGCCUGGCCACCGGCGGCAUAUGCGCGUGGCCGCGCGGCAAGAUGUUGGGCGGCACGGGGGCCAUGACCGGUAUGAUGUACUCCAGGGGCCACCGACGCUUGUACGACGGUUGGCGCGACGCCGGCAUCACCGGCUGGGGAUACGACGACGUGCUGCCCUACUUCAAGAAGUCCGAGGCGAACCGCAACCCCGGUCUGGUCGAGCCCGAUUACCACGGUUUCGACGGUCCGAUAUCGGUGCAACAGUUCGCGCACCGUCCGCCAAUGGCCGAUUCCAUAGUGCGGGCCGGAGUGGAACUCGGCUACAGGACCGGCGAUCUAAACGGCCACAAUCAAACAGGAUUUUCUGUGGCCCAGGUGAUGGUGGACGAUGGCCUGAGGAUGAGCACUUCGCGGGCUUAUCUAAGGCCCGCCCAUGGUAGGCCCAAUCUGUUCGUGAAGAUCAACAGCCGGGCGACGGGGUUGGUAUUGAAUAAGUUGAACAACCGCGUGCAGGGCGUCAAGUAUGUGGACCAAUACGGCGAGCACAUGGUACGGGCGCGGAAGGAAGUAAUCUUGUCGGCUGGUGUGGUCGGCUCGGCGCACUUGCUCCUCGUGUCCGGUAUCGGUCCCGCGGAGGAACUGCUCCGGGCUGGCGUCACCGUGUUCCAAGAUCUGCCGGUCGGUCGCAACUUGCAGCAUCACGUGUCCGUCGGCAUCGCGGCCACUGUCAACGCGUCCGAGGAAGCCCACUACCUGACCAUGGAUGGGAUUUCCGAGUUCCUAGCCACGCGCACGGGGCCCUUGGCUAGCACGGGCCUUACGCAGACCACAGGAUUUCUGACCACUUCGUACGCCGUCGACGGGGUGCCCGAUGCGCAAGUAUACUUCGACGGUCUAGCGCCAAACUGCGACAAAAUCCCAAUUGAUCCGGAAGGUCCGGCGUACAGAAACAUUGACGACGGUUCGAAGAGAGCAUACGUGUGGGCCAGACCAACAUACCUGUUGACGCGAAGCCGUGGAUACAUAGCUCUGCGGACGGGAAACCCCUUCGAUAACCCAAUUAUCCAGCCGAGAUACUUCCAGGACCGGAGGGACGUGCUGGCCAUGGUGGAGAGCAUACGCCUUGUGUUGGCGCUGAUGGGUACGCGGGCGCUCGCUGAAUGGGACAUGCAACCGGACCCGACUCCGUACCCGGACUGCGCACAUUAUCCACACGGUUCCGACGCAUACUGGAUAUGCGUGGUCGUCACUGACACCAAGCCGGAAAACCACCAUUCGGGCACAUGCAAGAUGGGGCCGGUGUCCGACCCGGAGACGGUGGUUGAUCCGGAGCUUCGGGUACUUGGCAUACCCAACUUAAGGGUGAUGGACGCGUCCGUGUUUCCUACCGGGCCUAACUGUAACCCCAUAGCGCCUGUCAUCAUGGUAGCCGAGAAAGGAUCGGAUAUGGUGAAACAGACAUGGAGGGCGUAUACGCACGAAUACAAUGUGCCACCGACUAAAUAAAGACCGCAGUACGACAUAGUUGUGAUUUCACAACUGUUAGGGGGGGGGGGGGUAUUAAGGUGAAAAAUUCUAUAUGAUAACUUAGCGCGAGAGCGUUUGACGUAGCUUAUCGAACUCAUUAUCAUCCAGAAAAAAUUUGCAAAUUUAACUUACUCGGGCGACACACUUACGUCUAAAUAUUAUUAUUACGUUAUAAUAAUUUAUUACUUUGAAUAAUUCUUAUCUUCAUAAGUAUAUUAUUUUAGA